UCAAUAUAAAUUUCUAAGAAGAAGAAGUAGCGAUAAUCUAAUUUAAAAUCCUAAGAAGAAGAAGAAGAAGUAGUUAAUCCAAGAAAGAGUGAAGACGAGUUUGAUACUUUCUCAAGUAUGGAAUUGUGGAACGUGAUGGACCUGCCUGUCUUCGACAUGGGUGAUGAUCAACUGCCUGAGUUUCAAUAUCUGCCUCCAUUGACAGACGCAGAGCUGUUUGCCGCAGACGUGGGAGCACCUCAGUUUCAGUCGCCCUCAUCCUCAAAUGUGCCUCUUCCGGAGUUUCCAAUUGGCAAUCAACAGCCUCUGCCUCAGCCUCUGCCUCUGCCGGAAUUUGCAGCCAAUGUGCCUCCGCCGCAGUUUGCCGCUGACAUGUGUGGCUAUCAACAACCUCAGGCACAGCCUGAGACAGUGUGGAGUGGGGAUGAGAACAAAGAGUUCGACAUGGCACCACAUCAGUUUCAGUCGCCCUCUGAGUUUCAGUCUCUGCCUCUGUCGCAGCUAGCCAAUGUGGGUGGUAAUCAACAGCCUCAGCCUCAGCUUCCGGCAGAGUUUCCCGUCAAUUUGCCUCUGCCGGAGUUUCCCGCUUAUGUGCCUCUGCCGCAGUCUGCCGCUGACGUGUGUGGCUAUCAACAACCUCAGGCACAGCCUGAGCCCUUCUGGAGUGAGGAUGACAACAAAGAGUUUGAAUUGGUUCUUGCUGAAUGUCUUCCGGAAGCUCUAAAGAACCGGUGGGAUGAUGUGGCUGCUUGUCUCCCCGGCAAGACCCCCGCGCAGAUACAGGAACGCUUCCAGAAGCUCAUCACCGACAUCAAUCUCAUCCAUAACUCUUAUAUCAAUCUGCAUCACACCUCCAUUGCACCUGCUGCACCUCACAACAUGCCUGCACCUCCCACCACAUUGGAACGCAAUCCACUCUCCCUCCCCGGAACAAGUGAACAAAACCAACCUGCUAUGACUAGUGAAAGAAAGAAAACAGUUCAUUGGACUCCAGAAGAGAAAGAGUUAUUUCUUAGAGGAUAUAAAGAAUUAGGACGCAAGUGGAAAAGAAUUUCGGAAGAUUAUGUCAAAACAAGAACGGAAAAACAAGUUGUUAGUCAUGCACAAAAAGUUCUGAAAAAAUUAGCUGAACAAAACAGAAGAAAUAACAUUGGUGAUGAAUCAUAG